CUUACACUCCCUUUUUAUUCCUUUUCUCAUUAAGUAUUCAAAUAUAAUUGUGUCCAUCCUUUGAAUCUUCACUCAAAGUUAUUGUUUGUCUUUGCAAAAAAGAAGAAAUAUAUUCUAUCCUUAUGUUGGAGAAGUAUCAAAUUUUCACCACAAGAAUUGUUUGAUCAAGAACAAGAUCCCAUUCAAUAAGAAAUUGGAGGAAUCGAACCCCAUUCUUAAUUCCACAUUAAUUGUCUAUAUUUACUGGUAAAUUGUGGAUCCUAUUGAUUAGUACUUUGUCAAAAAGGCCAAUUUUGCAAAGAGGUGUAUGGCUAUGGAGAGAUUCAAGCCUCACCUUCUUAUGAUUUUAACUCAAAUUUGCUAUACUUUUCUGUAUUUCAUAACUCAAGCUUCCUUCAAUCAUGGGAUGAAUCCUCAUGUCUUCGUAACUUAUCGACACAUUGUGGGAGGUUUAGUUAUGUUACCAUUUGCCUAUUUUCUCGAAAGGCAAAAAAGGCCAAAAUUAACUAUGGCUUUGUUAUUGGAGUUCUUUGUCCUUUCUCUAAUGGGAGUGAGUUUAACAUUAAACAUGUACUUUGUGAGCUUGAAUUUCACUUCUCCAACUUUCGUAGCUUCUAUGGUCAACACUAUUGCUGCCCUCACCUUUGUAUUGGCAGUAAUACUCAGGUUGGAAGUUGUUAAUGUUCGAGACCCUAGAGGAAUAGCAAAGAUUAUAGGAACAUUGGUUUCUUUGGCUGGGGUUAUGACCAUGACAUUGUACAAAGGAGCUGUUUUGAAGAACUUAUGGCAUCCUCUCAUUUAUCUUCAUCAAGGAAACAAUGUUGUGAAGGAGAAUUGGGUGAAAGGCUCAAUUUUGACUGUUGCUAGUUGCAUUACAUGGUCCAUAUGGUACAUCAUGCAGGCUUACACAUUGAAAAGAUAUCCAGCACAAUUGUCACUGACUACAUGGAUGAGUUUUGUUGGAGCAGCCCAAUCAGCUUUCUACACAGUCAUAGUACAACAUAAUAGAGCAGCUUGGACUAUUGGUUUUAACAUUGAUUUUUGGUCUACAAUAUAUGGAGGUAUAGUGAUCUCUGGUUUAGUGGUCUUUAUUUCAUUGUGGUGCACAGAACAAAAGGGACCGGUUUUCGUGACUAUGUUCAACCCACUAUCAACAAUAUUAGUGGCAAUUUUAGCAUACUUUGUUUUUGGGGAAAGGCUAUAUAUGGGCAGCAUCAUAGGAGCACUAAUAGUCAUUGUUGGUCUUUACUUGCUCUUAUGGGGAAAAGAAGAUCCAAAAUCAGAGACAAAGGAUGAAGAAAAAUGUUGCACAACCAAAAUAGAACAUCAAGAAGACCAUAUGAUGCAGAAAUUCCCAUGAGAAAGAACUUCCACUAGCUAAUUCCAAGGAUACUAAAAACCCAAAACAACAACAAUAGAGACAACUAUAUUUGAGGAGAAAUUUCUGGUAAGGAGCGUGGCCCUUUAAUGGACCGUACGUGGCUCGAAUUUGAAUUAAUCGGACCGGUAGUUUUCGAAUAUUAGAUAGUUAAAUUAAAAACAAUGAGAUUCAUAUGUUACCUCAACAUAAAUCCAUUUGAUUCUUCUUGUUUUAUAAACUUAUAAAAUAUAAUAAAUUGCUUGGUGGUUGAGGGUAUGACAAGAAAA